CCGAUCGGCGUGGCGGGAGGUGGGGCUGGAAUUCCCAGCGCGGCUCUGGGAGUGGGAAUUGGGAACCCGCGACCGAGUAGCCGCGGGAGGAGGAUGGUUGCCUUGGAGACGGCAGGGGGCGGGGCCGCGCACGGCGCGAACUAGUGACGCAACUGGCAGGCGCUGGUCAGCUGCUGUCUGUUGGCGCCGGGAUGGAGCGGGAGCGGUUGAUUCGGAGGGUGUCGGUGCUGCAGGCCUGCGUCCGGGGCUUCUUGGUCCGACGCCACUUCCAGAGUCUGCGAGCGGAGUAUGAGGCUGUUGUACGAGAAAUCGAGGGUGAUCUGGGCACGCUUCAAUGGACAGAGGGCUGGAUUCCCAGGCCCCAGUUCCUCCCAGAGAAAGCAAAAUCCCAUCGGACCCAGAAACCCCAAGGGAGGGCACCAAAUCCAGAGAAGGAACUGCGGAGAAGCUUCUCAUGCACAGAACCUGAGAGAGAAGCUGUCUUGGGGGAAGUGAUGCUGAAGAAAUCAGGAGAGAGCUCCACAAACUCGGGGAGCCUUCUCUGCAGAGGUGACAGCCCCUGGCCUCAGGAGGAGCACAGCAGGAAAGCCAGGAAUCCCAGCCCAAGGGAGAUCAGAGAUGUGUCAAGGAUGGAGAACCCAGAAGCUGCGGGUCCAGGACUGCCCCACAGCCAGACUGAGCUCCAGGAGCUCCAGUACCACCACAACCACUUGGCCAUGGAACUGCUGUGGCUACAACAGGCCAUCAAUAGCCGUAAGGAGUAUCUAAUUCUCAAACAAACACUGACAUCCCCAGAGACCAGCCAGCCCAGAGACAAGACCAGCGUGUGCUCAGACCACAGGGCACAGACCUGUGAGAGGGCCAGGUCACAAACAAGCCCGCCACUGAAAAGCCAGUCCUACCGAGACAGGACCGCUAGUGAGCCAGACCAUGUGGAUGACUGUUGGAGGCUCAGAUCUCCACCACACAAGUGCCCAGAAAGACUGGCCACUACAGAUAAAACUGCUGAUGGGGUCAAGUACAGGGACCCAUGUUGCAGGAAGGCUGGGCCACAGCUGCUCACACCAUCAGAUAACCAGGCCUUAGAGAACAGGCUCACCAAGGAGCCAGACCAUGGGGAGCAGAUGUUUGGACGGACCUGCACACAGCUGACGACUGUUCUGGAUGACCACACCCCCAAAGGCCUCAAACCUAGGGGCUACUGUUCUGAAAAGGCCAGGUCCCCGGUGCCCACACUCUGUGAAGACCCAGAUAUUGAGGACAAGUCUCCCAGGAGGUCAGAACACAGAGAGCCUGAUUGCCAAAGAGCUAGGCCACGGAAGUUGGACUUCUCAGAGGACCGUGGCAUCUGGGAGGAGACCUCGGCAGAAUGUGGUGGCCAGGGUCUCUGGAAGACUAAACCACCUAAGGGCCAGCUCCCUAGAGAGAUCUCUAGGGAUAGAACCUCCAAUGAACCUAGCCACGAGGAAGGGAAAAACCAGAGAACUGUACCACGGUGAUGAAGGUCGCCUGAGAAACCAUCUCUGACAGGGUCAUCCCACAUGGGAGAGGACCACUGGAGUGGCAGGCCAUGGAAAACAGGACCACCAGCCUAG